UACCAACAAGGGGCUGAGCGAGAAAAACAACAAAAACAUGCAUUCAGUGCAGAAUCUCAGUCAACACAGGCUGAUCCCUCCAGCGCAUAUCCACCUCCAUCAUCAGCAGCAGUUACAACAUCACCACAGUCUCCAUCACCAUCAUCAUCACCAUCAGCAGCAGCAACCGCAGCAGCAACAGUUGAGCAAAGCGUCAGCAAACCUCCACCCUGGCAUCCACCCUUAUGUCGCACGCGCUGCACGAGACUCCCCGGUACCCCUCCCCCACCCUGUCACAACUCCCCCAGACCUUCCUCUUCCAGCUCCAGCUGCUCCCAGAGCCACAGCCCCGCCGACUCCCACAGGGACUCGCCCUCCCCCUCCGAGGGCGACCGGGAGGGUCGGGGAGACUCCUCUCCCGCCAGCAGAUCCCACAGCCACUCGCACCCUUCCCCUCCCCAAGGGACCUUCAUUCCCCGACCUGUUCUCAACCUCCAGCACUCCACCCUGGUGCAGUCAGCGGCCACCCACCCGCUCAGCAUCUACCCACCGCAUCCUAUCUUCGGGUACGGAGCCGGUCAGGGGGUGGCGGUACCCGGCAUGGGGCUGGCAGGACACAACCCCAUGUCCGUUCUGUCCGGCAGCGCCUUCCACAGUCCGGCGGACCAGGCGCUGAAGCUCGCGCAGAUUCAGGGGCUGAGCUACGCCGAGUGGUUGGCCAGGACAGGGAUGUACGUCUCCAGGAUGGUGGACUACUCGCCUGCAUGCGGAGGUCAAGCAGGUGCCAUGGGCAAGACUCGGCGACCCAGAACGGCCUUCACCUCUCAGCAGCUGCUGGAACUGGAAAGACAGUUCAAGAUGAACAAGUACCUGUCCAGGCCAAAGCGCUUCGAAGUGGCCACUUCAUUAAUGUUGACAGAAACGCAGGUGAAGAUCUGGUUCCAGAACCGGCGAAUGAAGUGGAAACGCAGCAAGAAAGCUGCAGUAGAAGCCAGGCAGAAGGACGACAGUGGCGACACCGACAAGAACAAGAAAGACAACCCGAAUGUCAGCGCGGCGACAACGGAAGGAGAUAAAAUGAACUCUCUUGAUACAUCCGCAAACAAAGAACAGGAACAGUGCUCCGAAGACAUGAACGCUGAGAACAUUGACGUCACGGAAGUCGACGAGGAUUUCGACCACGACGACGACGACGAAGGUGACAUGUCCGAGAGUGACUCUGUUUCGAGGGGGGUGACCCCGCCAUGCGAGGGCGUGAACCCUCAUGACGAUGAUGCCAACGAGCAAGGCGUGGUUCCUGGACUGCAAUUUCACGGGACGACUGACUCUUUGCGGAGUGUCGUGGAACCCUCCCAUGGAUGAUGGCAAAGCUCUCGUCCAGAUUAAUUUAAAUACAAAAUAUUUGCUGUUUUAAUUAAGACAUCUUUCGCUGUCGCUCGUGUUUCGAAGCGUUUCUUCGUUCAGAACAGUUGCCAGGUCGUAGGUCAUUAAGUGUUAGUUGUCUCAUCCAUCAUGUUUUUCAUUUAUUAAAGACAAACUCAUGCAGGGAAUUCAUUAACAUUGACAACAAGCUGGAUGCCAUCGAGAUGAAACUAGCUACGGAAGGGUGUUCGGUUCAAAACAAAAUAUCGAAAACAACAGAGCAGAAAGAGAGAGAGAAAAAAAAACUGAAAAUAACAACCCUCCAAAACAGUUUGUUCCUGAGAAAAAUUCUUACCUUUAUGGAAAGUGGCAUUACCAAGAUCAAAGGCUUCAAGCUGAUGAUCUGAGGCAGGAAGCAGGACUAGGAUAUACUCUUCCAGAAUUAUCUUUCAAAACCACACAACAGCAGUACACUCCACUCAUAGAAGAGGUACCCUAGAACCCGGAGGAUCAAGCAAACUACAGCCAACCAAAAAUUGGCGAAGAAAGAAAGACCGACAGAAGAUUUAUGAACACCGCUGAAGGUGAAACAAAUAAACAAAGCAAUAUGUUUAUGAAUACGGCUAAUGUUGAGCGAUGUGACUUUUGACCUCCAGCAGGAUGAUUCUUACCUUCUCGUUCCAAUGUGCCGUGCGAGUGUUUCCUGCUUUUUCUGUGAGCAUGCGCAAAACAUUGACAGUGAACAUUGUGAUCAAACCCCCACCUCCCCCACACCACCCCCACUUAACCCCUGGUAACCUUUGUUCAUUUGCAUAGAAGGCUAAAUGGUUAGCUGCAGUCCCUGUAGGCCUUGCGAUGAUAUCUCUCGGCUGAUGACCAGGGGUCGGUAGAGAAGACAGUUUAGUCGCUGCUUACAUAAAACACAUUUAUUGUGGAAGGUGUGAAUAAACUGGUUAUUUAAGUCUGACACUCAACUGUAGUUAUUUGUCUACCUUGUCUACAUUCGCUUUUUUGAAUUUUGUAGGAGAUGGGGUGGGAAGAGAAGCCUCGUAAGACCCCUCUUACUAAGGAGAGUGCACAACUUACCCGGUUUCUUUUUUAAAAGAGCGAAUUGUGUGAAGGUUUGAGUGGCUUUUCUACAUCAAUAACUGGAAAAUGUCUUGCUGCAAUAGUAUGACAUCCAUCUGUUUUAAUCUUAUUUUAAAAAGUUUUAGAGAGAAGACCCCUUCCCUACUUAAAAAAAAUCCUUUCGUUUUCGUUUUUCUCUGUCUGUCUUUCCUUGUUUACACUUUUAGCUUUUCUCUGGUUACUUUCUACUUUCAACCCAUUCUCUUCAUUAAGAGACAGAAAGGAAGAGAGACAGCUUUUUCUUAGCUCAUUAUCAUGUACUGUAAGCAGUAUGUUUCAUUCUACGUCUCCUGCCACAUCACACCUAUUGUCUACUAGCUUCAGUUGUUUUUUUAAACACUUUUUUAAAAAAAAUGACAGCGAGCUUGAAAUCCGUGUGUUCAUUCCUCCUCCGACUUCGAUAUCACAAAAGUGUUGUCUCUUGAAUUUAAAAUAAUGUUCAACAAGGACAGCUGUUUCUUGUGUUUUUUUCAUGUUCCUUUACCAUGACCAAAAGUCAAAUUUUGUGCAGGUACUGCUUCCAGUCGAAGAGAUGAAAGAGAUGGAACUAGGUCUGGAGAUCAGUGCAUUUGGAAAAUAAUUUCCCUACUAAAAAAGCAGAGUUCCUUGAUUUCUGCAAUCGAAACAAAUAUAAUUUGUUGUUAAGUUUUUAAAUAUUGCAAUGCGCUAGAAAAAUGUUGUAAAUCAUAGAAAAUAAAUUAUUAUUUAUUGUAUUUUGGUGCUACUUUAGUUUUCUUAUUAUCUAUUCACCACCAUGACACUGAUUGGACAAACAUUAACUUAAAGAUCUCCAAGGCUCCACGCGAAAACUCUCAUUGCAGAUUAAAUAGUGAUGAAAGUCACCUACAAAAAAACAAACAAACAAAAUGGAAAGAAAAAAAAACACAAACACAAACACAUGCGAGAACCGGACGAGAAUACGCCGAGAGUUGACAAGAGAGAGGUGGGUGGAGAGUUCAUAGGUUACUUUACUUUGUUGCCCCUUCCUGUUUUUUUUUUUUUUUCUGACUCGUUCCUCGCCUCGCUGUCGGUCCACUAAAUUUCGUCGUGUGCCAGAUAAGAGUAGAGACAAUGACAAGUUUAUGAGUCCUGAGCGUCGGCACGGCCUCCGGUCUUGUAAUGUGUGUGCGGUAGCAGCUCCCGUGUGUUCGAGAAGUCGUUUGAGAACAAUCAGCCGGAGCCCCUACAAGGUGCAGGACGUGCUGCAGCUCGGACAAAGGUGCGGGGCCGGAUGAAAGCGCAAGUUUGUCUUGGUGUCCAACUUCUCCUCUCGCGUACAGCCAGGUGCAGGGGAGGGACUGCGACCCCAGCAACGGGCCUGGCAAUGAAGCGAAAAUCAAAGUUGUCCGUGAAAACAACAGAGUGGAGUGAGCAAUUACAGGUUAGGGGAGAAGUGCGGGUCCGUGACAGUCUUUGCCUUGUUUCUUCCUGUUUUUUUCUCCUUCUCCUCUUCUUGUCAUUCUACUUUUGCUACUUCCCCUUUUCCUCUUCUUCUCGUUAUUUCUUUUUUAUUUUCCUCCACAAAUGGGUCAAGGUUUUACCUUUGAGAAGGAGGUU